AUGAUUUCGAAAGUACUUGCCUUCACUUCUCUUUUAGCGGCCGCCCGCGCACAACAAGCCGGUACGCUUACCACAGAGACGCACCCUCCUCUCAGUGUCAGUCAAUGUACUGCUAGCGGUUGUACUACCUCCAGUCAGUCGAUUGUCGUCGACGCCAACUGGAGAUGGCUUCACUCGACCACUGGUUCCACCAAUUGCUACACAGGCAACACUUGGGAUAAAACUCUCUGCCCCGAUGGAGCAACUUGCGCUGCAAACUGUGCUUUGGAUGGUGCGGAUUAUUCUGGAGUUUAUGGAAUCACCACAAGUGGCAAUUCGCUCAAACUCAACUUCGUCACCAAGGGUGCAAACACCAACGUUGGCUCUCGUACCUAUUUGAUGGCUGCUGGAUCGACAACCCAAUACCAGUUGCUUAAGCUUUUGAACCAAGAAUUCACAUUCGAUGUUGACGUUUCGAACCUUCCAUGUGGUCUUAACGGUGCCUUGUACUUUGCUGCAAUGGAUGCCGAUGGAGGAUUGUCCCGUUUCCCAACCAAUAAGGCUGGUGCCAAAUACGGUACAGGUUACUGUGAUGCUCAAUGUCCACAGGACAUCAAAUUCAUCAACGGCGUGGCAAACUCUGUAGGCUGGACUCCAUCUAGCAAUGAUGUCAAUGCUGGUGCAGGACAAUAUGGUUCAUGCUGUACCGAGAUGGAUAUCUGGGAAGCCAACAAGAUCUCUGCCGCUUACACUCCUCAUCCAUGUUCUGUCGACACCCAGACUCGCUGCACUGGAAAAGAUUGCGGUAUUGGAGCAAGAUACGAUUCUCUUUGCGAUGCUGAUGGUUGUGACUUCAACUCUUACCGCCAGGGUAACACCUCAUUCUAUGGUCCAGGUCUUAAGGUGGACACCAACAAAGUUUUCACCGUUGUAACCCAAUUCAUCACCAACGAUGGAACAGCUUCAGGUACCUUGAAAGAAAUCCGACGAUUCUACGUUCAAAAUGGCGUCGUGGUUCCAAACUCGCAAUCCACAAUUGCUGGAGCUCCAGGAAACUCCAUCACCGACUCUUUCUGUGCCGCACAAAAGACUGCUUUUGGUGACACCAACGAAUUCGCUACUAAGGGAGGUCUUGCCACAAUGAGCAAGGCUUUGGCAAAGGGUAUGGUACUUGUCAUGUCCAUCUGGGAUGACCAUACCGCCAACAUGUUGUGGCUCGAUGCUCCUUACCCAGCAAGCAAGUCCCCAAGCGCUCCAGGUGUCUCCCGAGGAUCAUGCAGUGCUACUUCAGGUAACCCAGUUGAUGUUGAAGCCAACUCUCCAGGUUCUUCCGUCACCUUCUCCAACAUCAAAUGGGGUCCCAUCAACUCUACCUACACUGGUGGAAGUGGAUCCGUCCCAACUGUUCCAGGCACUACAACCUUAAGCUCGGCACCAGCAUCAACUCCAACUUCUGGAGCUGGUGUCGCCAAGUUUGCCCAAUGUGGAGGUACUGGAUGGACCGGAGCUACCACUUGCGCUACUGGCCUCACCUGUUCUGUAGUGAACCCUUACUACUAUCAAUGCCAAUAG